AUGGAGGACUCUUCUAUUUUUUCGCAUAGCUCUCAGGACGUCUCUUCUACUGUUUCUUUGUAUAAUAUGCCAGUGGGGGAAGAGAUCUCGAUGAAAGCUGUUCUUGACUACGAUCCCUCGGAGGACCACCUGGGCUCUGGUAUUUCUAGGCCAAUGUCUAGAUCUUCAGCAACAUCAUCACUCUCUAUGGUUGCCACCAAAGACGGUGUAGAGGGCAGGAAAGUCCAUCGCUAUGGGAUCCCGCAGUACUCCUUGAAUUUGCUAAACUCUAUGUCCACCAGCGGACCGAAACCCAAAGUACAUUCUAAGCAACAGAUGAAUACAACCAACCACUUAGUGCAACCCAAGCCCAGAUCAUUGCAUUCCGAGGAGUUGGGUGUUAUGCAGAGUCCGGAUCUUGCGCUUAAUGCACCAAUGACAUUAAGAGAAAAGAUGAGGCUCCUUAACUAUAAGUCCGAAAAUUUGCAAUACAGCUCUUCAGCGGAGUCACUACCAGAUCGUAAUGAAGACAAUGAGCCAGACAGCCUUAGAAACACCUCUGAGUUCCAACGUGGUCCCAGAUCAAUUUUGGAGACUAUGAGCAACGACGCAGGCAGUAACCGGAGUACGACUGGCGAUGAUUUUUCGUACUUGGGCGACGUUAAAAGCCUACCCCCAGUAUCUGUCCCAGUGGAGGUGAAUCAAGGCGUACCUUCGAUUUGGAGCAAAUGA